AUGGUCGAAACAAUCAAAAUCGAAACAACAACAAUACCUAUAACAACAACAACAAUACUCGCUAACCUCCUCAUCCUACCUCUUCUUUCUCUUCCUCUGCCUAUUCUUCUGCCUACUCUUCUACUUCGCCAUCUUCUUCUCAACCUCCUUCCCGUCGCCCCACUCGUUGUCACCAGACUGGCAGGGUGAGUCCGCUCACUCUGGCAGCCUGGAAUGUUCGUUCCCUUUUAGACAAUCCGAGGAGCAACCGACCGGAACGAAGGACAGCGCUAGUGGCACGGGAACUGGCGCGCUACAAGGUGGACAUCGCCGCACUCAGCGAGACCCGAUUCUCCGAACGAGGCUAACAGGAGGAGGUGGGUGCCGGCUACACCUUCUUCUGGAGCGGUCGACCCAGGGCAGAGCGACGGGACGCGGGUGUCGCCUUCGCCAUUCGGAACGACAUCGUGGGACGACUGCCCUGUUUGCCGCAGGGCAUCAACGAUCGCCUGGUGAGCCUCCGUCCGCCUCUCUGGGGAGGCAAAUUCGCCACCAUCAUCAGCGCCUACGCUCCGACGAUGACCAACCCCGACGCCGUCAGAGACUAAUUCUACGAGGACCUGCACGCCCUCUUGGCGACUGUGUCGAAGGCGGACAAGUUGAUUGUCCUUGGUGACUUCAACCCCCGCGUCGGUACAGACCAUACUGCCUGGAGAGGAGUGCUGGGUCCCCACGGUCUCCGCGGCUCAAACGACAAUGGUCUGCUGCUUCUCCGCACCUGCGCAGAACACCGCCUCAUCCUGACGAACACCUUCUGUCUGCCGGAGCGAGAGAAGGCCACCUGGAGGCAUCCACGGUCGCGCCAGUGGCACCUGCUGGACUAUGUCCUCGUCCGUAGGCGAGAUCAGCGGGACAUGCUGGUGACAAAGGCGAUCGCGGGCGCUGACGGGUGGACCGACCAUCGCCUCGUCAUCUCGAAGAUGCGUAUUCGCCUACAGCCUCGCAGGAGACCACAAGGUAAGCGACCCCCAGGUAAGCUGAAUGUUGCCUUGUUGUCUUGCCCGCUCACCAUCUUCAUUUCAGCAAUGAGCUAGCCCAACGGCUAGACAACCUUCCUAUCGCUGCCGACGCCGCCGCUGCUGAGAACGCCUCCGUGGAGAACCGCUGGUGUCAACUGCGAGACACGGUCCAGUCGACGGCGCUCGCCGUCCUUGGUCGCGCUCCCCGCAAGCACCAGGACUGGUUCGACGACAACGACGCCGCCAUCAGAAAUCUGCUUGCUGAGAAUAACCGCCUACACAAAGCCUACGUAGAUCACCCCACUGAUACCACCAAAGCUGCCUUCUACCGCAGUCGCCGUCAACUUCAGCAACGACAGCGCGAGAUGCAGGACGCCUGGACUGCUCGCAAAGCUGAGGAGAUCCAAGGGUACGCGGACCGCAACGAAUGGAAGAACUUCUCCGCGAUCAAAGCUGUCUACGGUCUGCCGACGAAGGGCACUGCUCCUCUCCUCAGCGCCGACGGCAACACUCACCCCACUGAGAAGACGCAAAUCCUACAGCGAUGGGCCGAGCAUUUCCGAGUCGUCCUCAACCGCCCCUCGUCAUCUCCGACGCCGCCAUCGAGCGUUUGCCGCAAGUGGAGACCAACGUCGGCCUCGACCACCCGCCAUCUCUCCAGGAGACCAUCAGGGCCGUGCAGCAGCUCUCCAGCGGGAAAGCACCCGGAUCGGACCCAAUCCAUGCAGAGGUCUACAAGCACGGAGGUCCCCAACUGAUGGAUCACCUGACUGCGUUCUUCCAAGAGAUGUGGCGUCAAGGUGAAGUCCCGCAAGAUUUCAAAGACGCAACCAUCGGGCAUCUCUACAAGCGCAAAGGGAAUCGCCAAUUCUGCGACAAUCACCGCGACAUCUCCCUGCUGAACAUCGCCUGGAAGAUAUUCGCCGCAUCCUUCUCAACCGCCUCAAUAACCAUCUGGAGCAGGGCCUUCUGCCGGGAAGCCAAUGCGGCUUCCGUCGUCAUCGUGGGACCACGGAUAUGA